UCCAAACUUGAAACCCCUCUCUCCUCCUCUCUUCUUCUGUUCUCUACAACAUACACAGAAAACCAUACAAACCGAAAAACAAAAGCUCAAAAAAUGUCAGGUUGCAGCAAAAUCCGCCACAUUGUUCAGCUCCGACAAAUGCUAAGAAGGUGGAGGAAGAAAGCGGCAAUGGCAUCCCGUAAAUGCAUACCUUCUGACGUCCCCGCCGGCCACGUCGCCGUCUGCGUUGGCUCUAACUGCCGGAGAUUCGUCGUCCGAGCAACUUACCUUAAUCACCCGGUUUUCAAGAAGCUUUUAUCCCAAGCAGAAGAGGAAUUCGGGUUUUCUCACUCCGGUCCACUCGCGAUCCCUUGUGAUGAGUAUUUAUUUGAAGAAAUAAUCCGGUUCUUGUCCCGGUCCGAUUCAUCAGCAAACCGGUUCGUUAAUCUUGAAGAGUUUCAAAGACACUGCCACGUUGGCAUCCGAAGCAACAUUGACUUCUGGCCGGAAUCUCGACCACUCCUCCGAUAAACUGAAAAUGAACAAAAAAUAAAGAAUAAAACAAACGAGUUGACUUUGAUUUUGACCCCGGGUCAACUCGGCCGAUCAUGCACAAAGAACUGAGUAACUCCGGUUUUGGGACUUCUUUGUAACUUCACCUUGGAAUACACGAAGGUAAAUUUGUCAGUAUCCACGAUGAGAAGUCUUUUUUGAAUUCUUUUCUCUUUUCUUUCUUUUGUAUUUUUACGGGAUUACCCUCGAAAUGUAAUUUAUUUGGGGGGAGUGCUACUGAGUCACUCAAUUGACUCGAUGAAGUAAAGGAGAUGGCAAACCGAGUCGUCCCUGGUUUGAAUCGGAGCGGCAACUGAAACUGAGAAAGGAGGGAGAGAAGUUGUUGAUUGAUUAAAGAUAGGGGUCACUUUUGUAAAUUAUCAUGUGGAUUUAAUUGAUUUUAUUAUAAUUAUUAUAUUAUAAUAUUAAUGCAUAUUGUAGAGAAAUUCCAACA